GCAAUCGUCGGUUCUGCCAACCAAACGUGCUUCAUAUUCUAGUAAAAAUAGACUUCUAUUUAUUUUCCGAAUCUGCUGCUGCUGCUGCAUGAAAACCCAUUCCAAAGAUAAUGCAACAGGAAUUACAGUGAAAACAACGGCAGCCCAUGCAUUGAUUAAUCACUGAUAGCCCCCAUUGGCGUUUUUCUGACUGUCCCAGCUCUGUGUGGUGUGUGCGUGUAACGUAAUUUGAGGAUACGUCUGGUAGUACAUUCAAGGAACAGUUAUAGCAUCCGCUAUAAUAGAUGUACGGACUGUUGAAUUAGUCAGAAGCAACAAUUACAAACAAAUACCAAGACUCUCCUCUUCUGGCUUGUGUGUGUCUGUGUUUGGUUCUCGCGUUCGGGUGGUGUGUCCACAGCUACAGCGAGGAGGGAAGCGAAGACAACAAAACGGUUUGUGUCAUUCAACAACCUCUUUGUAGCAGUAUCGAUUUUCCGUUACAUCGUUAUACACACACAUUUGACCGACUUCGCACCCAGCCAUUACGCACACGCCCAACCCCACACGCCCACACGCGUGAAGCCCCUCCUGAAGUUGAGGGCGGUGCGAGCAGGCGGGUUGAUGCGCGGCGGCAGCAAGCAGAGGCAACAGACCAGAGCCUGAGGCAGAGCUAAUCUGUUGGCUUUUCUUCGCGAUUCCCGAUUCCCCCAAGAGCGAAUUUGUUGCAUCUUGGCGGCACUGGAAGCAUGUUUCAGUUGGCACUUGUCAGCGGACGGACAAACCAUUUAGGAAUACAGCAAUAGCCACUAUACUGUAAAUAGCAUUCAUCAGCAUCUACUGCAGGCACAGCAUCCACAACAUCAACAAUUUCCACAGCAUCCACAACAUCCACAGCAUCCACGUGAAAGGUCAGUGACGGCACCUUGAGAACGUUUCUUUGCUGAGAGAAAGCUCAAACUCCGUGAUCCACAUCUACCAGUAAAUGUUCAUCAUGAUCCAGUUGAAGCAGCUACAGUUCCACUCCAGCCACGCAGCAUUGAUACUCAUGCUGGCGGCGGUGGUGGGCGUGGGUCAGGCGGGCUCCCAGAACACACCCCAACAGCAGGUGUGUCCGGAGCAGGGCGACAUCUCGCCUUGCAUCUGCACGGUGAAAAAAAACGGUCUGGACAUACUCUGUGAGACAACGGACUUGGCGCACAUCACCAAAUCCAUGGGCACCCUCAAGGGCAAAAGUCCAAUUAUUUUCUACCUAAAGCUACGCCACAACAACUUGCCCAAGCUGCAGGGAUUCGUUUUUCUUGCCCUGGACAUUCGCCACCUGACCAUACACAACAGCAGCCUGGCGGCCAUAGAGGAGAACGCUCUCAGCUCGUUGGGCACUGGACUCACACAGCUGGAUGUGUCGCUGAACCAAAUGAAAACCGUACCAUCCCAGGCGCUGCACAAUCUGUACCACCUGUUGAUCUUGAACCUGAACCACAACAAAAUCACCGUGAUUCACAACAACGCCUUCGACGGACUAGGGACAUUGGAGAUCCUGACGCUCUAUGAGAACAAGAUCACCCAGAUAGACCCGGAGGCGUUCCGCGGACUGGAAGGAAAAUUGAAGCGUCUGAAUCUGGGUGGUAACGAUUUGAGCACAGUUCCGCAAAAGUCCCUGUCCAUAUUGGACACGCUGAAGAAGCUGGAAAUACAGGAGAACAAGAUCCGCACCAUCAGUGAGGGUGACUUUGAGGGGUUGGUAAACCUUGACUCCUUGAUUCUGGCCCAUAACAUGAUCACAACCGUGCCGGCGAAUGUCUUCAUCCACCUCACCCAGCUAAACUCCUUGGAAUUGGAGGGCAACAAGAUCAGUGUUAUCGAUAAGGAUGCGUUCAAGGGCUUAGAGGAGAACCUGCAAUAUCUGCGCCUGGGUGACAACCAGAUCCAUUCCAUUCCCAGCGAGGCACUGCGACCACUGCACCGUCUUCGCCAUUUGGAUUUGCGCAACAACAACAUUAAUGUCCUGGCCGAUGACGCCUUCACCGGAUUCGGAGACUCGCUCACGUUCCUCAACCUUCAAAAGAAUGACAUCAAGGUGCUGCCGAGUGUGCUGUUCGAGAACCUCAACUCACUGGAGACGCUGAAUUUGCAGAACAACAAGCUGCAACGCAUUCCCCAGGACAUCAUGGAACCGGUCAUUGACACUCUACGCAUCAUCGAUAUCAAUGAUAAUCCGUUGAACUGCUCCUGCGAAUUGACCUGGUUCCCAAAGCUGCUUGAGGACCUGAAGAAUAAGGAUGACGAAAUGUCGCAGAAGAAGAAGCCGCUGUGCCACAUGUCGUUGGACAACCGCGAGUACUUCGUGCAGGCCAUGCCCACCGAAAAGAUGCACUGCGCCGGCCUCAAUGUGAGUCCCUCACCCACGAGCGGCGGUCUGAUGCGGAUACUGCAAGUGAACAUUCUGGCCCACAUUGCCAUGUGUAGCGUGGCGUUUCUGAUUAGCGUUUAAUCGCUUUCGAUCUGAUCCGAUCUGAAGCCUGUCGGUCCCCAGUCUAGUUAGGUCCGGAGACCACUUUUCCAUGUGGGUCAGUUUCAUAUCCAGAUUCAGAUUCAAGCACAGUGAUAGUGAUGUUGAUGUUGAUGUUGAUGGGCAGUCCUCUAUUGCGGGCUCCCCAUUUAAUUCAAUUCAAUUCAAAUCAAAUCGAUUCGAACCAAUUCGAUUCUGAACAUAGAAAAUCCCACGAAAGAACAUGACCCAUAGAUACCUUUUGUAUGCCUGCAAACCAUUUCUGUGUUGUUGUAUUGUAUAUUUUCUUAUAGAUUAUAGUGAAUCCGUGAAU